GCUGUUAAUUCUGCUACAGGGUGUCUAGAGGUCCAUUCCGGAAGUAGACCCUUUGACUGUCACUCGACGGCGGAAGCGUGUCACAACCUAGCUGUCGACCCUUAGCGGAAGUUCGUCACGUCGCAGUUGCCUCCACACAGCGGAUGUGUGUCGCCGCUUAGGUGACGCUGGGAAGGGCUUGCAGCCUCUGCCGCUGCCUUCUGGUUGAAGCACUAUGGAGGGAGAGAGGAAGAGCAACAACAAACGGUGGUAUUUUACUCGAGAACAGCUGGAAAAUAGCCCAUCCCGUCGUUUUGGCCUGGACCCAGAUAAAGAACUUUCCUAUCGCCAGCAGGCGGCCAAUCUACUCCAGGACAUGGGACAACGUCUUAACGUCUCACAAUUGACUAUCAAUACUGCUAUAGUAUACAUGCAUCGAUUCUACAUGAUUCAGUCCUUUACACAGUUUCAUCGAAAUUCCGUGGCUCCAGCAGCCUUGUUUCUAGCAGCUAAAGUAGAGGAGCAGCCAAAAAAAUUGGAACACGUCAUCAAAGUAGCACAUGCUUGUCUCCAUCCACAGGAAUCACUUCCUGAUACUAGAAGUGAGGCUUACCUACAACAAGUUCAAGAUCUGGUGAUAUUAGAAAGCACAAUUCUGCAGACUUUAGGCUUUGAACUAACAAUUGAUCACCCGCAUACACAUGUGGUAAAGUGCACUCAACUUGUUCGAGCAAGCAAGGACUUAGCACAGACUUCUUACUUCAUGGCAACCAACAGCCUGCAUUUGACCACAUUUAGCCUGCAGUACACGCCUCCUGUGGUGGCCUGUGUCUGCAUUCAUCUGGCUUGCAAGUGGUCCAACUGGGAGAUCCCAGUCUCGACUGACGGGAAACACUGGUGGGAGUAUGUUGACGCCACUGUGACCUUGGAACUUUUAGAUGAACUGACACAUGAAUUUCUGCAGAUUCUGGAGAAAACUCCCAACAGGCUGAAACGCAUUCGGAAUUGGAGGGCGUGCCAGGCUGCCAAGAAAACAAAAGCAGAUGACCGAGGAGCAGAUGAAAACACUUCAGAACAGACAAUCCUCAAUAUGAUUUCCCAGAGCUCUUCAGACACAACGAUUGCAGGUUUAAUGAGCAUGUCAGCGUCUUCUACCACAAGUGCAGUGCCUUCCCUUCCAACCACUGAGGAGUCAUCCAGCAACUUAAGCAGUGUGGAGAUGUUGCAGGGUGAGCGUUGGCUGUCCUCCCAACCUCCUUUUAAACUGGAACCUGCUCAGGGUCAUCGGACUAGUGAGAAUUUAGGUCUUAUGGGAGUUGAUCAUUCCUUGCAACAGGAUGGUUCUAAUGCAUUUAUUCCCCAGAAGCAGAGUAGUAGGAGUGUACCAUCAGCCAAAGUAUCACUGAAAGAAUACCGUGCAAAGCACGCAGAAGAGUUGGCUGCUCAGAAGAGGCAGUUGGAGAACAUGGAGGCCAAUGUGAAGUCACAGUAUGCAUAUGCUGCCCAAAAUCUGCUGUCUCACCAUGAUAGCCAUUCUUCUGUCAUUCUGAAAAUGCCCAUAGAAGGUUCAGAAAACCCUGAGCGGCCCUUUAUGGAAAAGGCUGACAAAACAGCUCUCAAAAUGCGAAUCCCAGUGGCAGGUGGAGAUAAAGCAGCCUCUUCAAAACCCGAAGAGAUAAAAAUGCGCAUUAAAGUCCAUACUGCAGCUGACAAGCACAAUUCUGCAGAUGACAGUGUUACUAAGAGCCGAGAGCACAAAGAAAAGCACAAGACUCAUCCAUCAAAUCAUCAUCAUCAUCACAAUCACCACUCACACAAGCACUCGCACUCACAGAUUCCAGCUGGCACUGGGAACAAACGUCCAGGUGAUCCAAAACAUGGUAGCCAGACAAGUAUCUUAGCACACAAAACCUAUGGUUUGUCUAGUUCUUUCUCCUCUUCCAGUUCUGCUCGUAAAAGGGGCCCCCCUGAAGAGACUGGGGGAGCAGCUUUUGAUCAUCCAGCCAAGAUUGCCAAGAGUACUAAAUCUUCUUCCAUAAAUUUCUCCUUUCCUCCUCUUCCUACAGUGGCCCAGUUGCCUGGGCAUAGCUCAGACACAAGUGGCCUUCCUUUCUCACAGCCCAGCUGUAAAACUCGAGUUCCUCAUAUGAAACUGGAUAAAGGCCCCACUGGAGCCAAUGGCCACAACACAACCCAGGCAAUAGACUAUCAAGAUACUGUGAAUAUGCUUCACUCUUUGCUCAGUGCCCAGGGUGUUCAGCCCACUCAGCCCCCUGCAUUUGAAUUUGUUCAUUCUUAUGGUGAAUAUCUGAAUCCACGGGCUGGUGGAAUUUCCUCCAGAUCUGGCAAUACAGACAAACCACGGCCACCACCUCUACCAUCAGAACCUCCUCCACCACUCCCACCCCUUCCUAAGUAAAAAAGAAAAAAAAGAAAGGAGAAAAAAACUUCUUUAAAAAAACAUUUUUUUUUUUUAAACUACUGGUCUAAGAAAAUGGCUUCCCUUAUGAAAUAUGUCACCUGAACUAGGGAAUAAAUUGAUGAUAAGUAGAUAGGAGGGUGGUAAAGGGCCUUGGUUAUUAUAUCUUACUGCCUCAGAAAUCUAACUAUUUUAUUAUAGUUUUUACUGGUAUUAGAGAGGUGGGACUGUGUUGAAGCUGUGAAGGAUUAAGAACACUUUCUGUAUUCUUGGCCUCUCCACCUCCUACUUAGGUUGCUAGGAAUGGAUAACUUCCCUCUUGCCAGAACUGAAAAACAGAGAUUUUAUCAAACAAUUGUAGAAACUUUUCUUUGUCAGAGGAGAGGAAGUAUUUAAAUGUCAAAAUCUUUUAAAAGACUUUUUAAAAAUAAUUUAAAGAAAGUAAGUUAUCUGUCUAGUUUUUUUAUAUAAUCGGGGAGGGGAUAGGGAUUUUGCUGUGUGGAUGCGAUACAUAGCAAUGAC